UUUAUCAUUACUCAUUCUACAGGUUUGGAUUUUGUGCUGCAACCGUACAUAAACACCAUACUGACCAAGAAAGUGACCGGUGAUCGUCUGCUAUUAAUGACCACAUCACAAGACUUAGAAGACCUUGGAGUUCUCAAAGUUGGUCAUCAGGAAAUCAUGCUGGACGCCAUCAGUCUACUAUGCAAUCUGCACUACCGUCAGAGUGUGGAGGACCUGCAGUCUGUCACACUCAAUCUAAACACCAGAACCAACUGCCUCACCAAGUAUCUUCAGAGAUGUAGUAGGAAUGGUGGUCAUCAUCCAGGGCGCAACGGAACCAAUGUACCUCAGAGUGUUCCUGCCUCAGUCCUGGUCCUCAUAGCUGAGAUUGUAACAGCAGCAAAGACGGUCAUAUCUUGGCUUGACAGACCUCCAUUUGUGACCGGGGAUCACUUCUUCAAAAUGUUCCGAGAAGACAUCUUAAAAUCUGCCUUAGAUCUUACACAAGUUGGUCAACAGACAGGAUCUCUUUCACAGAUAGAAGAAAGACUAAUGGACAUUAGUCAAGAGCUUGGUGACUUCAGUGAUAACCUGGUGAAGAAGGCCUCAGAUCCUCUCAUCAUCCAGACCUCUACCAUUGACUUUGUGUCAAUCAAGAAGAAGAGAUCAGAAGAGGAGCUUGGACUGGAGAUUAGGACGUCUGCUAUCGACGGGACGCAUCUCAUCACACUGGUCAAACCAAAUAGUGCCUCAGGUUCAACAGACAGAGUUCAUAUCGGAGAUGAGAUCCUACAGGUCAACUAUCAGACAGUGGUUGGUUGGCAUCACAGCAAGGUUAUUGAAGCUUUGAAGAGCAACGUUGGCGAUAUCACAUUCACGCUCAAGAAACGUCCAAGACAUCUUAGUCAACCAGGUCAGAUCCAGAGACCGAAACAAAACCCUUUCCUUCAUCCAAACAACCUGGGUAUCAGCUCGUUGCCAUACCGACGACCCUCAGCUGGACGGAAGAGGGUGGUUGUCAAGGACGACAUGUACCUGCCUCAGAGACAGGAUGAGAAGCGGGAAGAGGAGGAGGAGGAAGAAGAAGAAGAAGAGAGACCACCAGAUACCCCAUCUGGGAUUCUUGAUUCACCUCUAGACUCACCUCUAGCUGAUACGAACUACUUACUACCCAGGGGAUUCCCCCUAGGGCGACGCCCUACGAUGGUACCUGGUAUGGCCCAUGCUAGACGGAAGGGAAAGGUCAGGCAGGACAGACCACGCUCGCUACCCUCUGAUCUAGAAGAGCUUAGAAAAGAACUGAACAAAUCAUCGUCAGGGAAAAAUGACCGAACUCCUGAGAAGAUCAAGCCUCUGCCAGCGGACUUCCGCAUCCCGACCAGGAAGGUCAAUGGAAGCAUGUGUGAUACAGAGCCCAUGCCAGAAACAAAGAGCCUCUUCCCUCACAGUGAUAAGGAAGAUGAGCCAGGACUGGAAGAUAGCGCCUCCAUCGUGGCAUCGGAGGCAACAGCCGCACCCCAGGUCAGCCGGAAGCCCACUGCAAAAGGAGUCAGCGUAACGUUCAAGGAGGAUGUUGUGAGUCCUGAGAAGGCAUCAGACCACCAUAGCAAUGACAAGGUUGAUGGUGCUUGUAGGCAAGAUAGUGAAGUCGAAGGUCAGGGGUCAAAGGACAGUGAAGGUGUUGUGAACACGAAUAAUAAUGAGGAUACUCAGAUUCCCAGUGAACUUAAAGAACUGAUUGAAGUGGUGGAGGAAUCAGGUGCUGAUGAAUUUGUGAUGGUUGAUAUACCACCUAGUGCUGAUCAUACCGAUGGACCGGGAAGAUUAUUAAAACCAACAAAGAGAAGUGACUCAACAUCUACCAUUGAUUCUACAGACUCGGUACGGCUUAGGAAACACCCCAAGAAAGGCCGCUUCAAGAGAGGUAUCUCCUGUGCAGAUCUAGGACCGGGAGAGUGUGACGGUCAUCUCUGGAUCAAGAAAGCUGAGAAGCUUGGCACAAAAUGGAUCCAGAUGUGGUUUGUUCUCAAAGAGUUUGUUCUCUAUUACUACAAAGAUCAGAAGUCGGAUAAGGCUAAAGGGGUGAUCUGUCUGCCAGGAUUUCAAGUCAGCCUCUCACCGGAGAAUAAAAGAUCUCAUGCCUUCAAAUUAAAACAUGCGGGAGUUAUCAAAGACAUCUUACUAGCAGCCAAUAAUCCAAAAGAUCUAAAGAAUUGGAUGGAGAAGUUGCAGCUAGCCACCAUUAUGCUGCAAGAUGAAUCACGUGUGAGGCAGUCAACAAUCAUCACAGAGAGCAUCCUCAAGAGAUUGGAUCCUACGCUGUUAGGUGGUUACCACAGCAGUGAAAGUACAGACGAGGACAAUCGCAAGGGAAGCUACGAAGUCACCACCCAGGACUCUGGUGACUCUUCAGAUGCUACAUCAGUAGGUACCAACAGCCAGCCAGGAACCAUCAACUCUAUGACUCCAGGAGCUGCUGAAGCCAUAGCGACCCUCAAAGGUGAGCCAUCAUUAUCCAUCAGCAUGCUCCAGUAUGACAGCACCACGUAUCCUACCGGGGCCAGGGAGAAGAGCAGUCGUCCCAAGGGACAGCUUUUCCUCCCUGAGAGCCCCCCAUCCUCAGGAGAUUCCACUCCGUCGUCGAGUCCUCAGAUGCAGCGCGUGGGAUGUGUGCCCAAAUUCUUAUCCAAGUCUCCCAAAGCGCAGAGAGGAAUGCAGGGGCAGUAUGAUCUAUCUACUGCGGAGGCAGGGCAAGGGGACAUUCCUGGUUUCACUGAGGUUGACAGAAGCAAAACAAAGACGGCAAAGGAUGAAAAACGGGCAAAACAAAGCGAGCAAUCAAAUAAAGAUGAGCUUGUUGAGGCAUGGAAGGAGAUAGAUGGUGUGACGAUCAAGGGUUUUGAUAGAGUUACCAGCUUCAGAGCAAAGAAGAAAGAGAGACCAGCCCUUAGAGUGCCCAAGCCAGAGAUGAGUGACAAGGAUAAGAAAGUAUACCAGAGGAGAAUGCUUGAGAGAAAAUUGAAGGCAAAGCAAGCAGAGCUAGAGAGUGUUGAUCGUCUCCUAGGCAACCAGGUGGUAUCAGCUACUGUUUUGACUGAGUGGAGAGAACAGCAUGAUGAUAUCUUGAAGUCGUUAGACGGACAAAACAAAGACCACGUUAGUAGUGAUUCAGAUCCUGAUAGCACUACAGACAUGGCGCUAUCGUCAUCCAUGUCAUCUAUAAACACCAACUCCACCACGACGUCCACUCAUGAUCGUACCACAUUCCUUGGGGAAGACAUGACAACGGUCAGCGACGGGACGACAUCAGGGUGCGAUGUCCAGACACCCAUGAGUGACACUGCAUCGGCUAUCGGUGAGGAGGAGGGAGAAGAUACUCUGAAAUCAACAGAUUUGAGUGGUUCUACGCAUCUUUCACCGGAGAGAUUGGAUGCGGAUGCAACAAGGAAGACAGACCCGGGGCCAGUAUGCGAUGAUGGUGACUCUGCCUUUGCUAAGUCCGAGGAUGGGGAUGUGGUGGUCAGUAGGACCAAGGACAAUGUGAAACUAGGCACAGGGAGGUCAGAGAGCGAAGCUUCAGAGACCAGUCUUUAACACUCGUUCCUUGGACUGUUAUUAUGUAACAUUGUGAUAGAUGUAUCCAACACAGGACUCCAUCCAAGCUUAAUGCUGUGUCAUUGAUGUCUUCAUUGAUGAAUGUAAGUCAUAAUGUCUUCAACUAAAUCCUUGUCCAUCGCAUAGACUGUUGCCAUCGUGAUAGAUGCCGUCAACAUAGGACUACAAAACCUGUAGCUACACCAUUGACCGUAUCAUUGAAUAUGUCAUAUUUGUUGUCACCAUAUCGCAUCAGUAGAAGUGCCUGCAAGUCAAUAUUACUCUAACCAUCCGCUCAUCCUUCUAAUGAUAUAUAUUGUGAACUAUCGGUCCUUCUGUAAUGAGUGCUUAAGCAUAGUAUAUAUCGAGUGUUAGUCCAUUAAACAUUACCAAACACAAGAAAACCAAAUUGUUCUUUGCACGACUGACAGUUCAACCUCAGUAUAGGUUCCUUUCAGAGUAACUCGAAAUCCUACAUAUCUUCUAUUUGGGGCCAGAAGGGUUCACCCUAUCAUUCUACACAGCGUUAAUGCCCUUCUGUCUUCAAACAGAUGAUAUUCAUCAUUGCUACAUCACGUAAUAAAACUCCAUUUUAUCUAACCAAGAAAUCCCUCAAAUGCCUUUUCAAAUUUUAAUCAGUGACAUCACAUAUUUUAUUUUCUUUCUUUCUCAUCUUGUGGAGACUACAAUUUCAUGCCACUUCGAUGAGAAUAAAACUUGCGUAAGCUCGCCUGAUAUUGCAGUGGUAGUUGCAUAUAUGAAAAAUUUCACAUGACAAACUUAUUGACUUGCAUAAAAGAAUACUUUUGCAAAAUAUUUUCCAUUUAAUUGUCGUUUAUGACCCUGUUUUGUAUCAGCAGUAUUGCCCUCUGGUAAAUGUAAGUUAAAGAAACAUGACAUCUUUGCAGUUGUUCAUUUAUGUAUGUGAGGAUCAGUUUUUGUUUGUAAUCCACCAGUAUUUGAUGCUGCAGCCUGUUUGCUUCCAUUCUUUGUGCCUGGUCAAUAUGUUGGACAAAAGGGGUUGUACACAACAUCUGUUUCCAUUGCCAAUUAUAUAGAAUAAAACAGCACCAAACGUGAAUUAACUAAUUUGAUUUCAUCUUCACACAAAUAGAAAAUCAUUCAGUGUUUUGAUGUGAUACUGAUUUUAGUGCUGUGAUAAUUUCUACUAUAAUAACAUAUUUGACUUCUAGACUAGCCAUACGAUGAUCAAAAACUUGAAAUUAAUAUUAUGGAAUACAUUAUUGCAAGUUUCUUGUGUUCUUAAAUGUUUAAUAUCCUUUGGAUAACUGAUCAAGUAAAUGGCUUUUAUGGUGCUCUGGUAUGUUUUUUGCAACUGACUCUAUUGGCUUGAAAUUGAACAAUGUUGCUUGGUAUUUUGAUAUUGCUACUUCGAACCAUUUAAACAUUUUUUUUUUUAUUAAUGACUAUAUAACUAUGGUGCAAAUCAUUCUAUGCCUUGUUGGCAUUGUUGGCUAGUGCAACAACAAACCCAAUCUAUACUCAUUAACAUGUGUGUUAUAAGAUACAGAAAUAUGAACCACACUGCACUUAUCUUGUUCAAAUUGGCAUUCUUUUCGAAAUGGUGUGCCGCCUAUGUCUGAAUAGGCAUUUUUUUAGCAGCUGUUUGAAUCAUUCUAUGCGUCCACCUCUAUUUCACAGAAUGAAAUUGUCAGUAAAUUCUGUGGUCAUUUUGCACCAUUUGAAAAUUGAUUACAAACAAUUUCUGAAUUGUGCUUCAGUUAGAUACAUGUAGAUUCUUGUGAAGUUUACAAGCAGAAAUUGUGAGUGCAGUUUUCAGUAAAGGUGUAAUUCUAACUGGUAUUUGUAUGUUGUAUUUAAUUUCUCAUCAACUUGUAACCAGAGACAUCAUGUUUCGGAGCCAUCAAAUUGGUUUUCUGAUUUAUCCAUUGAACUUUUUCAUAUCUUGUGUAUUACAUUUGGCAGUGGUGCUCCACUUUUCCAAUUAUGCAAAGAAACAAAGACAUAUAUAUAUAUUGUUGCUUGUUAAUAAUUCUUCAUUUCGAUAUUGUUUGUACCUAAGUUUCCACGAUGCCCUCUGUAGAGUUGAUUGUUUAUAUUCCUCUUCAACCCUCAGAUAGGUGUCAUUGUGUUUCAUCAAUUCACAGAUCAAUCAUCUUAGAUUUCAACAUUUGAUUAUUUUGCAAUUUAUUUUAAAUUCAUGAAUCGUUUCUUGUUUAUCAAAGAAAGUAAAGUUGAUUCCUCCAUUAGAUGUGACUACAGGGAUAUGUCAUAUCCAAUUGCGCCAGCAUUUUAAAGGCUCAGAAACUAAUACAUGGGACUACAUCCCUCUGCUGAGAGCCAGAGGGACGUUAACUAACAUCAUUUUACAUUUCAUGAUAAUGUCCUUCUUCCUCUCAGCAGAAUUCAUACUCUCUCUUGUUAUGGGGUAAAGGCAUUAGCGUCAAUGGGAAAUGGUCACUCAAUGACAUGGUCACUCAAUGAGCAUGGUCACUCAAUGACAUGGUCACUCAAUGACAUGGUCACUCAAUGACAUGGUCACUCAAUGAGCAUGUGUUUCAAUAUUAUAUUCUGUAAUUGUUGAUGGUUGUACUGUAUGGCAAAUAUACAAUCACUAUAUAUUAUAUAUUCUCACUAUGCAAGCUAAAGCAGUUUUCACAGACAGUUUGUUUAUAUGUUGUUGGUGUACAUAUGUAUGAAUGUAAAUUACAUGUAGAUUAAGAGAAUGUUUAUUAAUAAUUCUCUGUUAGGAGCCAGAUAUAAUCUCACAUAGAGGUAAUGCCCUUCUGGCUCCAAACAGACACAAUAUCAAAUACUUGCCUCAUCAAUGUAUCAUGUCCCAUUGCAUGUAGUAGAGACAGUGGAAUGUUUUGUAUAUUUAUACUAAUCUUGAUAUAUUCACUGGGGCAAUUUUCACCUCCAUACUGAUGGUUCAUGGAGAAAAGGAACCAAAUUUUAAUUUUUUAAAUUUCUCAGUGCUCACUAUCACCCCCGGCAUUGAUGACUUUUAUUACUGGUAAACAAUAAAUGCAUUUUGAUUUUUAUCGAUUUCAUUUCAGUUUAAUCCCACGGAUGGAAUAGACUCCAUAUUCGGUGAUAUAGGCCCUAAAAAGUAUGUCCAUUUAUCAAAUUGUGUUUGAAUCUGUAACAAAGGGAUGCUUGCAAAGAAUGUAUAGUAUUUGUAAACACAGAUAUUUACUACUUGUAACAUGUUACCUUUUGUCACAAUGGUCAGCUUUGGAUACAGUGUAUUAUGCAGAGUAGCAUUGAGUGCUGGAAGGGCUUUUAUGAACAAUACCACAAUUUGGAACAUAAUCGUAGAGCAAAGUACCUCAUUGGUUUUUGUACUUUUACACUUUUGUACACAUUUUGCAACUUUAUAUCAAGUAUCUGAUCAAAUCAUGCAAAUCGCUUCAUUUUUUUAAAUUGAUAACUAGUAUGCAAUAUAUAGGUUAUUGUGGCACAGACUUUAUGAAUUCAUAUUUUAUUAUAUAUGUUAUGAUGGAGUGAUGAAUAUUCAGUGUGUUAAAACAGUUAUAUUGCACUUAAGUGGUAAAAGCCUAAAUGAAUACAAACUCUAUAGAAUGCAUCCUGUUGUAAAGCAAUUUGUGUUUGUUAUGAUUUUUAAACCGAAUUAAUGUUCUAUUUAUUAUUGUUUAUUGAACAGAAUAGUUCCGAUCCCAACUGAUUUGUUUUAAUGAAUGUGGGUGCUAUCCUAUUUGCAUGGAUAUGAACAAACUCUAUCAACACUUGAUGUUGUAUAAUAGGCAUACUACCCUCCAACCCUGUUUGUUUCUUUCUAAGGAACCUUACUGAUGCUACUGUAUGGUUUUUGUCACAUACAAGUUUUGUUUACUGGUGUGAAAUUAUUUCCAUGGGAGAAUUGUCAUUUUGAUGAUUUUUCAUCAAAAGGUGUUUGAGUCACAGUCCAAAUUUCUUCUGUUGAGAUAGCUAAAUUCUCUUUUGACAUUUGUGAAGUUGCGAAGGAGAAUUUAUCAUAUAAUUACAGUAUUUGACAAUUCGUGUUUUGAAUGAACUCUUGAGUUAGUUUAAUUUUGCCCCUCUUCACGUAUAUGUCAUCAUUUUCAAUCAAUACACAUGUAUAUUAAAAGUGAUUGAAAAGUUUAGUUGAGUGGCUAUACAUUGAAUGAGCUUAAUUAUGCUCAAUAUAUUUCCACCACCCUACUGGAAUUAGAUUGUACUAAUGCCUUUUAAACCUGAUAAGUGACUACUUAUUCACCUCUCUUAUAAACUGCCUUUUGCAACUCAUGUAAGCCUUUAGAAAAAAGAAGAUAACUUAAUACCAAUAGACUGCCUUGUUAAGAAUCGAUUGAAAGGGGAAGUCUACCCUGAUAAUUAGCUGGUAGUAAUACAUAAAAACAAAAAACAAGAGAAACAAAUUUGUGAAAGUUUGAGGAUCAUCCGAUUUAUAUAGGAAUUUUUUUGUUUUCUUCAAUUUUAUCAAACUUUAAUUUUCUUAGUUAUUGAUGACAGAAUAGAUUUUGAUUCAUACAGGGGUAAUAUAAAAUAUAUUUGCAGUAUUUAUAUUGAGGGUGCAUAUAUGAUUGGGAAUUUUCCUUACAGCAAAAAUAGACAUUUCCGAUUUUUGUUAGUACAGAGCAAGUAGGAGGGGACCUGGUAAGAUACCUCACGGAGUUGAUAAUUUUUGUUUGAUUAAUCACACAUUCAAAUAACUUUCUUAUGUUUAAUCGAUUUCUGCUCAAACUUUCACUGACCUGUUCCCCUUCCUUUUCUGCAUUUAUUAAAACCAACCUAAUAUCAGGGUAGACUUCCCCUUCCAGCAAAGUGUAAAUAUUGUCGAAAUACACAAGCCUUUACUUUUAUAAUAUUUCUCACUGUUUAUUGGAAAGCAAACCUUUACAAAGCUGCGCGAUCGAUUUUAUUCCCUGAAUCAUUUGGCCGCAGCUCGACAUUUUCCUCUCAAUGCAACCAAGUAUUUUGGAGAGCUUUGCAAACAAAAAUGUGUAUAUCAGAUUUGUUUGAAACGAUUAGGUACAGUAAUCUAUUAUUGAUAUUUGCAAAGAUAUUUAAAACCAGAAGAAAUCAGUGUGCAUUGUAAUUUGUACAUCAAAGUUCUAAUUAUAUAUGAUUAUAUUUGCUACUGAAUUUUAUCAAGAUAUAUUGCUAUGGAAUAAAAGAUCAUAUGGGAUUUGGUGAAA